AUGUCUGAAAAUCGGCGACAACAUCUUUUUGAUUCAAAUGUAUUCCUAACGCUCGAUUUAUUGUGGGCAAAAGAAGAAGUGGAUCCCUACUAUAAGGCAAGGAAAAUAAAUGGCGAGUUUUAUCGAAAUUAUGAAGAACAGAGACAAAAUCCCGAUAAAUUCUACGACUACACCAGAAUGAGUGUAGAAACUUUUGACUAUAUUCUAGAAACUAUCAAGAGUGAUUUACAGUCUGGAAUUAAUCCAAAAAGUUUUAGAGGUAUAUCUCCAGCAGAAAAAUUAUACAUAACGCUUGGGUUUUUGGCGAGUGGGCAGCCUUUCAAAAGACUGUCAUUGUCAUUCAGAAUGGGAAAAACAACGGUAGCCAACAUAGUUUAUGGCACUUGUAAAGCUAUAUGGAAAAAUUUGGUACAUUUACAUAUGCCAAAACCGACAGAAGAAUUAUUGAAAAAUAUAGCGGAAAAAUACUAUGAAAAAUGGCAAUUUCCUAAUUGCGUUGGUGCUAUUGAUGGCAAGCACUGUCGAAUAAAAAAUCCUAAGUUCGCUGGAUCAUCGCAUUAUAAUUAUAAACAUUUCUUUUCGAUGCACUUGCAAGCGGUCGCGGAUGCUGACAAAAGAUUCGUUUGUAUAGAAGUUGGAGGAAGAGGGAAACAAAGUGAUGCAGGGACAUUCCAUUACUCUAAUUUGAACCGUUUACUUCAAAGUAAUAACUACAAUAUACCAGGUCCACAAUAUCUACCCACAUCAGAUAUCGUUCUACCAAUGGUUUUUAUUGGAGAUGAAGGAUAUCCACUCAAAACAUAUUUGAUGCGACCUUAUCCACAAAGCGUACUUAAUGCACAAAGUGAGUUAUUUAAUAAGCGAUUAUCGCGGGCUCGAAAGACUAUUGAGUGUGCUUUCGGAAUUUUAAGAUCCAAGUGGCAUAUUUUCAGAUCGCCCAUAGAGACAAACAAAUGUCAUGCAAGAUUACUCAUCAAAACUUGCUGUUUGUUGCAUAACAUUAUCCGAGAUAAGGACGGUGAUAAUGACAUUGCCUAUAUUACUGUCAAUACGAAUCAACAAACAUUACAAACACGAUUACAAACCAACGCCCGGACGUCUUAUCAAGCACAAUAUAUACGUGAAAAAUUCAAAGAAUAUUUUGUAAAUAAUCCCAUUAGCUACUAAUUAAUUUGUAAACCAUAAUAAACAUUGUAUAUAACAUAAUAAAUAAUUUUUAUAUUCACCUACCUUCAAUAUUCAGUUCGUUUUUUAUUUCUUCCCAUAAUUGAUUAAUUAUUCUUCUAUUUUUAUGGUUCACAUCUUUGCUGUUCCAUAUGGGUCUCCUCUCAAAGAUUGCCGAAAUAAUUUGCUCUUGCACGUCCGAGGACAUUUUGAAACGUCACAAAAAAAAGUACAACACUAUACUACAAUGCAGACGCGCAACACGGGACGGUCACCGCUCGACUGGAGUGCACCGCUCGUUGCCCGCCCCCGCGCCGCUCCCGCGCCUCUGUUUUCGAGACCCGGUCCAUUUGACGAUACGCAAGAUCCUGCCGCUCCCGCGCCGCCGCCGCCGCCGCCCCGCUGCCCGCAAAAUUCGAGACCGAGGCCUUACAGUUAAUG